AUGCCGGAGGGUGCAGCCGGCUCUGUGCUGAGCACAGCUGCCGGAGCGCUGGAGCCUCACGUGGCCCAGCGAGUGUCUGGAAUGAGGCGCCGGGAGAAAAGACUCCACACGAAGCACUUCGGAAGGCUCCGGGCUCAGACCGUCCUGGUCAAUGACACAGUCUCGGGGUUCAUCGGGACGGACGUGGUCCUUCACUGUAGCUUCACCAACCCGCUCCCCAGUGUGAAGAUCACGCAGGUCACGUGGCAGAAGGCCACCAAUGGCUCCAAGCAGAAUGUGGCCAUCUACAACCCCGCCAUGGGGGUCUCCAUCCUCUCCCCCUACAAGGAGCGUGUGACCUUCCGUAACCCCUCCUUUAAGGAUGGCACCAUCCAGCUGUCCCGGCUGGAGCUGGAGGAUGAAGGCGUGUACAUCUGCGAAUUUGCCACCUUCCCAACCGGCAACCGGGAGAGCCAGCUGAACCUCACCGUGCUGGCCAAGCCCACCAACCGGAUGGAGGGCACCACCCGGCCCCUUGUAGCCAGAUCCGGCAAGACGGAAAAGAUCCUGGUAGCCACCUGCAUGUCCUCCAAUGGGAAGCCGCCCAGCACGGUCACCUGGGACACCAAGCUCAAAGGGGAGGCGGAGUUCCAGGAGAUCAAGAACAGCAAUGGCACCAUCACGGUGAUCAGCCGGUACCGCCUCGUGCCGAGCCGGGAGGCCCACCGGCAGCAGCUCAUGUGCGUGGUCAAUUACCAGCUGGACCGUUUCACCGACAGCAUGACCCUCAAUGUGCAGUAUGAGCCAGAAGUCACCAUCGAGGGCUUUGACGGCAACUGGUUUUUGAACCGGAAGGAUGUGAAACUGACGUGCAAAUCUGAUGCCAACCCCCCUGCUACCACCUACCAAUGGAGGCUGCUGAACGGCUCGCUGCCCGAGAACGUAGAAGUCCAGAACAACACCCUGUUCUUCAAAGGGCCCAUCUCCUACAGCCUGGCGGGGACGUACAUCUGUGAGGCCACCAACACCAUCGGCACGCGGUCGGGGCUCGUGGAAGUCAAUGUCACAGAAUUCCCCUCCACCCCGCCUCCAAAUGAUGACCGCAAAUCAGUGGCGCAACCGAACAUCCCCACGGCCGUGAUUGGGGGCGUGGUGGGCGGAGUCUCGCUGGUCCUGGUGGUGGCCGUGGUGCUCUUUGUGUUGCUCCGCCGCCGGCGUCACACCUUCAAGGGCGACUACAGCACCAAGAAACACGUGUACGGCAACGGGUACAGCAAGGCCGGCGUCCCGCAGCACCACCCCCCCAUGGCCCAGAACCUGCAGUACCCCGACGACUCGGACGACGAGAAGAAGCCGGGCCCGCUCGGGGGCAGCAGCUACGAGGACGAAGAGGAGGACGCCGGAGGCGAGCGCAAGCUGGGCCUCGCCAACAAGUACGAGGACGACUCCAAGCGACCUUACUUCACCGUGGACGAGGUUGGAGCCCAUCCGGAGCCCUACAGCGAAAGGACACUCGGCUUCCAGUACGACCCCGAGCAGCUGGACCUGGCUGAGAACAUGGUCUCCCAGAACGACGGAUCUUUUAUUUCCAAAAAAGAGUGGUACGUGUAG